AUGUCUGGCAGAAAAGAAAUCUCAUCCGAAGUGCGAAAAAUCGUUAUAAAACUUAAAAACGAAGGAAUGUCAAUGGCGAAAAUUGGGAAAAGCUUGGAUUUAUCUAAGGCCUCAGUUCAAACCAUCAUAAAAAACUAUAACGAAACGGGUCACUACGAUAGUAGGCCAAGAAGUGGACGGCCGAGGAAGUUGGAUGAUCGGACGAUGAGGAAAGUUGUGCGAAAAGUUGUGGAGAAUCCAAAACAGAGUGCCAUAAAACUUGCGGCUGAACUGCAAUCAUUUGAAAGUAUAACAGUUCAUCCCGAAACUGUUCGUCGUGUACUAAAAAGGUCUGGUUUGAGCUCACGAGUAGCAAGAAAAAAGCCAUUGAUAAGUUCCAAAAACAGAAUUAAACGAUUGGAGUACGCCAAGAAGUAUGAUCCAACAUUCUGA